UGGCGAUGGUCUUUCUUCCACUAGUACUUGGAGAAGUUUCUUUCUUUAUUCUUCAUUUCUAGGGUUCCUGAGUUGAAGAAGAGGAAGAGUAAAGUGGGUUCUUUUAUUGAAUUUCAUUUUGAGGGGAAGCAAUGUUGCAAAAUCCGGAGAAAGAAGGUGAAAAGUUGUCCAUAGCAAAAGACAGUGAAGUCGAAGUAACUUCUAAAGAAGAAGGUUUCAUAGGUGCAUGGUACAGAGCAAUCCUAGAGGAGAAGCCGACGAAAUCGAGACGCAAAAAGCUCCGAGUCCGUUACACGACUUUGUUCCAAGACGACUACUCGACUCCUCUCACCGAAACCGUCGAGCAGAGCUUUAUCCGGCCGGUCCCACCGGAGGAUCUGUACGACGGCGUCGUUUUCGAGGAAGGAUCGGUGGUCGACGGUGAUCUCAAAGAUGGAUGGUGGAAUGGUGUGGUCGUGAAGAAAAUGGAAGAUGAUCAAUUUUGGGUUUACUUCGAUUCUCCACCAGACAUAAUCCAGUUCGACAGGAAACAAUUGAGACCUCAUCUUGACUGGACCGGCUCGGAAUGGGUCCGAACUGAAAUCAAGGAACUGAGUAAGUCCCUGUUUAGCUCCGGGACAAUGGUGGAAGUGAGUCGUAAGAUUGAUAAAGUGGAAGCUGGCUGGGUCCCUGCAUUAGUCAUCAAGGAGAUUGGCAAGAAGAGACUCAUUGUCAAGCCUUGUGAUAAGUCAUUGACCUUCACCGCUGACGAAGUUAACUUUACCGUUGAUCUGUGCAACGUCAGGCCUAUACCUCCUCCGUCUUUUGUUGAAGAGUUUAAACUGUUAGAUCGUGUUGACAUCUUUCAUGGCUCGGUGUGGCGUCAAGGUCUGGUGAGGGGAGUUCUCUCUGGCAAACGCUACUCUGUGAGUUUCGUGGCCACAAAGGAGGAGUCGGUAUUCAAACAAUCUGAUCUUAGGCAUUCAAAGGAGUGGGAAAAUGGUGUUUGGCAUCAAGGACAAAAGAGAAAACCUGUAAAAGAAACUCCUUCAGACGGCAAAAGAAAGAUUUCAGUAACUAUGGAGACUACAUUGAGAGAAAUCAAUGCCUUGUGCAGAUCGAAAAAAAUGAAGAUAAUCCGUUCUACUACUGCUGCUAAGCAGAUCACUCAUGCCAGAAAAUCUCCUAAAAGGACUAGAAAGCAUACCAGAAAAUCCACGAAUCCUGCAGAAGACGCCGAGUCAGCCACUGAGGGUGAAACGGAGCUCCAUGAAACUGUAGCUGCAAUGGAAUUCUCGUUAGCUCAGGAAUCUGGAAAUCAAAUGGCUGGUGAUGAUAUCAUGAAUGGUGCUGCUACGCCAUUCGUAACCCCUCAAGUGAUACCAAUAGAAAAGGAAUCUGCUCCACCUGAAACCUCGGUCAUAAACGAGGCUGAAACUCAAGGAAUGGCAUCCCCUGAGAAGACCCUUCAGUCAAUGAGGGUGAAGUUUGGUUUGGGAGUUGGUUCAACUGAAGAGAAGACGUCUGAAGAGCAUGACAUCAAUGAAAACAGUCAUAAAAGGAAAAGAGAACAAAAGCACGACUCAAACCUUAAAGAGACUGAGUUAUCCCCUGAUCGAACCCCGAAUGCGGUUAAGAACUCUGCUGCUGAUGAAACCCGAGCAAAUGAGAAUACAUCAAUGGUUAUGCCUUUUGUGAAACACUCACCAAUCUGGGUAGCGCUUGAAUCAAUGGAGGUCUUUAAAACACUAAAGCAGUGUCCUCAUUUCAUCCCCUUGCUCGAGACAAGAGAAGAGUUCCGUGAAGGGUCAGCCGUGGGUGAGAUCGUGAAAUUUUCCUCUUUAUUAGAGAGAGUAAGAAAUCUGCACCUUGACACUCCCAAAAGCACACUGGAAGGACUCAAAGAGUGCUUUUUCGAGCUUGAGAAGUAUGGAUUCAAUGUUACAUCGCCUAUAUUGCGGAUUGACAUGUUGUUUACUCUCAAAGAUAAACAAGUCAAUACAGAGGAUAAACUAAAAGACAAUGAGAAAGAGAUGACAGAGGAAGUUAGCAAAUUGGAAAGAGUCGAAGAAAGUCUGAGAGAUGUUGAACGCAAGAUUCUUGAGCUGCAGAGCCAAGAAGCAGACUUGAAAGAAAAGAAGGAUGCUUCAGAGAAAAAGAUUGCCCAAAUGCAGCUGUAUGGAGAAGAUCUUGAUAAAAAGAUUCAAGAUGUGGAGCUUGAGUUUCAGACGAUCGUAUCAGCUCCUUGGUGAUAUUUCCUUGAUCAACCUUAAGCUCUUUCAUGUGAUGGUAAAGUUUGAAACAAAAAAACUAUGAUGAGCUCUAAGCUCUGUUUUUGCAAAUGAAAGCUAGAUUAGAUGUAGUAAAAAGACUUUUGGCCCUCAUAGUUAUGGUAGAUGAAAAGAUUAGUUUUGACUAAUCUGUCGAUGACUAAUUUCGGAAAAAAUUUUGUUACUUGUAAAUCUUGAUGUAUAUAUAACGGGGGGAUUGUUCAGUGGUUUUUUAUUGGUAA